AUGGCCUACAGUUUCAAAUUAACAACAAUCUACACCUGCUCCUAUGGAUCUUGUUAUCAAGAGACGUUGCUAUCAAUCCAGGUCCCAGGUAGUAAAUAUUUCCGGUGUCUUUCCUUCAAUGCCCAGAGUACUACAAAAUUACCUGAUGGGACUUACAACGACGCACACUCCCAUUAUCCAUCUCUGUGUAGUGACUUGCCAAGCGGACUUCGAAUCACUCAGUGGAAUCUGCGAAGUUUAGCACCGAGAAUUAAUAACACUAAGCUAGAUGAAAUAAAACUAAUUCUACAGGACCCAGGCAGCGAAACACACAUUCUAGGUGUUACGGAAUCUUGGUUAGACGAGUCAAUUGAUGAUACAUGUAUUAAAAUCAAUGGUUAUACACACGAAAGAAGCAACAGAUCUUCAAAAACAAUACCAAUUGAUAAGCACCAUGCUGGCGGAAUUAUUGUGUACAUUAAGGAGGACAUUCCCUAUUUUAGAAGAAAUGAUUUUGAAUCUAUCAAUGUUGAAUCGAUCUGGUUACAACUUUGCCCACCUAAUAGUCCGGCUCACCUUAUUUGUGUAGCAUAUAGAUGUCCUGAGUACACCAUAUCGCAAUGGAUUGAAAACUUUGAAAUGCAACUAAAUAAUGCUUAUGUGGAAGGUCAUCAACUAACAAUAAUGGGAGAUUUUAACAUCGAUGUUUCGAAAAAUACCAGUGACUCUCAAUGUUGGUUGGAAUCUAUGGAUGACUUACAUCUUCACCAGAUUGCUACAGAAUCAACAAGAGUUACAGAAAAUACAUCUACACUCCUAGAUCACGUAUUUACAUCCGUCCCACAUAAAAUUAGAAGCGUUAAAGUCCCAAGAAUUGGAAUUAGUGAUCAUUAUCCAACUUGCGUAGUAUUUAAAGAUAGUUUUGGUAGGAAACAUUCACACACGACCAUCAAGUAUCGUUGCUAUAAAAACUUUAACGAAGAAGCCUUUUGUAAAGACUUAUCUCAAAUCCCUUGGGACACAAUCGAUAUAUUUGAUGAUGUUGACAAUGCUUUAGAGGCGUGGUACAAUUUAUUCCUUGAUGUGAUUGACAAACAUUUACCUUUGCGAGAAAAACGAGUGAAAAAACAACAACAACCUGAUUGGAUGACCUACGAGAUUAUUCAGUGUAUGGCCCAAAGGGAUCCUUUCAAAUCGAUCAACGAAAUGGUAAAUUAUAAGACCUACAGAAACCGUUGUGUGUCGUUAAUCAGGGAUGCAAAAACUACCUACUAUAAAACUUGUGUUGAAGAUCAUAAAGGUGAUUCGAAGAAAUUGUGGCAAUAUCUACGUGAUAUUAUUCCAACAAAUCUUAAAACUGCACCGUCAAGUUUACGAAAUAACUCAAACAACUCCAGCAUAUCGGACCCUGAAGAUAUGUGUGAACAUUUCAACAACUUUUUCUCCACCAUUGUUAACCAGUAUGUUGCGGUUCAACAAUUUUCUAGUAACUUUGAUAAACUAUCUGAAAUGGUGAACUCAAGAAUUAAUAGUGAUGAUGCCUUUAGUAUUCCACAACUAACUGAAGAAGAGGUUUGUAGUUAUCUACGUAACUUAGACACUCACAAAGCAACCGGACUUGAUGGCUUAAGUCACAAGAUUUUGAAGAUGUCAACCUAUUUAAUAGCUCCAUCUCUGACUAAGAUUUUCAAUAAAAGUUUAUCAUCCGGAAUGUUUCCGACAAAAUGGAAAACAUCAAAAAUUACCCCAAUCUACAAAUCUGGUGCCAAAUGUGAUGUCAACAACUACAGGCCCAUAGCCAUACUCUGCGCUGUCAGUAAAGUUCUCGAGCGUCAUAUUCACAAUCAUCUUUACCAGUUUCUCGUGAGUCAUAACUAUUACAUCAUGCCCAAUCUGGUUUUCGAAGAAAUCACUCGUGUGAAACAGCGCUAUGCAAACUUGUGGAUAUGUGGACAUCCAACAUGGAGAGCGGCCUCAUAA